AUGGCUAGCGUGUUCCGACCGGACAUCGUUUGUCGAGACUUCCAAGGUAUUCGAGCCUUUAUGGGCCAGUGGGAAAAGUACACGAAGUUAGACCAAGGGCUCGAGAUCAAAAUGCAGACGAUGCGUAUCGUGGAUAGCGCUGAUGAUCCGAAGAGUUCCGUGACGGUGCACGCUAGCGCAGAGAUGACAGUAAUUUUCACGGAAGAUACAGUCAAGGUCUUGUAUCCUGGAUUAUUUGAUAGGUCGCUGCACAAUCUUCAAGACCGUGAGAUUCUCGUUCUGAAUUUCGACCAGCAAGGCCACGUAUUCUCUUUCGAAUCGCCGGUAAAUUUAGUGGCUACAUUACUGAAGGUACUUCGUAGUCCCUCGGAUGCUAUCCACGAGCAUCAGUCGGCUAGCAUGACGGCCGACGGCCACUGGCAAGUAGAAUACAAUACUGAAGAGAUAGCAAGGCGAGAACGGAUACUGCCGAGACAAUUGCUUUAA